GCCCUGGGCCGCGCGGGGCGCCGCAGACAAAGGCGCGGACCCGGCCCGGCCCCGCGCGCCCCGCCCCGCCCCGCCUGCCCCGGCCCGCCGGCCCAGCCCUCCCGCUGGGCGCCCCUCGGGGUCCGGCCCGGGGCGCGGGGGCCACGGGUCCGAGGAUGGGGAAAUCCAACAGCAAGUUGAAGCCCGAAGUUGUGGAGGAGCUGACCAGGAAAACCUACUUUACUGAGAAGGAGGUCCAGCAGUGGUACAAAGGCUUCAUCAAGGACUGCCCCAGUGGGCAGCUGGAUGCGGCGGGCUUCCAGAAGAUUUACAAGCAGUUCUUCCCGUUCGGAGACCCCACCAAAUUCGCCACAUUUGUUUUCAAUGUCUUUGAUGAAAACAAGGACGGGCGGAUCGAAUUCUCGGAGUUCAUCCAGGCACUGUCGGUCACCUCGAGGGGCACCCUGGAUGAGAAGCUGCGGUGGGCCUUCAAGCUCUACGACCUGGAUAAUGAUGGCUACAUCACCAGGAACGAGAUGCUGGACAUCGUGGAUGCCAUUUACCAGAUGGUGGGGAACACUGUGGAGCUCCCAGAGGAAGAGAACACCCCUGAGAAGAGGGUGGACCGGAUCUUCGCCAUGAUGGACAAGAACGCUGAUGGGAAGCUGACACUACAGGAGUUCCAGGAAGGGUCCAAAGCAGACCCCUCCAUUGUGCAGGCUCUGUCCCUCUAUGAUGGGCUGGUAUAGUCCAGGGCCCAUGCUGGGAUGCCCAGGAACCUCUCACCUCGCCCUGCCAUGAGGCUGCCUCAGCCCCAACACGCCUCCUGUGUCCACCUCAGCUGUCCUCCGCAUCUCCACCCUGCUGGGCUGUAUCCCUGGGGGUGAGGCCACAGCUCUCCUCACCCCUGCCCUGCACCCACCCAACACCGGAAGCCACUGGCUCCAAUCGCCAACGAUCUCUGCUUGUCUGGAAAAUGCCACCACGAAGCAGACAAGGCUGCAGCCCUCUGCACACCUGUUCCGGGAGGCAUCAGCCUCGCUCGCAGCCCCGUCCUUCCUGCUCUCUUGCGUGUGUGCUUUUGUUUUUGAUUUCAAACAGACAUUGAAAAAGAAACAAAACAAAACAAAACCAACUACCUUCUGUUUUAGAUGAUUCGGAUGGACAGAUGGAGAGAAGGCCUCGAGACUUUUGAGAACUGGGUCUUGUCUUAUGGUGGCUGCUGAGGCCGCGGGGAAUCAUAGCUUUGGCAGAGGGGGGACUGGGGUGUUGGGGUUUUGGGGGGAUGGCCUAAGGAUCGCUGUUUGCCCUCCCGUAUUCUAGAAGUUGGACCACCUGCGUGGUGAGGAUGAGAAUGAUGGAAAGGAUUAUUUUAUUUUUUGUGAUCACAGUAUUAUGCUUUCUGUGGGGCACGUGAAUUUUUUUAUACAUAUCUCAUGAGUACUUUUUAUUUAUUGGUUGUCAACUGUUGCUGCUGCCUCGUAUGUCCAAAGCUCCCCCCCCCCCCCCCAGGGCUCUCACCCACCUGCUCGAGCUUGGGAGGGAAGAAGGUGGCUUGCUGAGGCCACAAAGCCAAAAAACACUUUAUUAUUAUUGUUAUUAUUAUUAUUAUUUAGAUUAUUUUCCCAGAUACUGUGUUUGAGGUUGGGAGAGGGGGAAGGUGGGUUUCUUAAACUGCUGAUGCACUGUUCCUUCCCACCCCAGUGUCUUCUCUGGACCCUUCCUUCCACUCCCUGGCCUCACUCCCUCCCCAUUCUGCCUGUGGGUCCCCAGGGUCCAGGCUGUUUCUUGGGGGGGUGUGUGUGGAUAGAGGCAAAUGGGGCAUCUUUCAGUUUCUCAGCUAUUGCUUUGAUGUUUCCAGCAGCAGAGAAGUUUGGGAGACUUGUGAUGAGUCUGGGGGCUGUGAGGUAGGGGUGUGGGCAAAAGGUGAGGAGGAAGUAGGGGUGGUCUUUGCCAGCAGUGCAGUCCUCCUUGCUGGGCUGGGAGUCACCUCUGGCUCUCUCUCUGCCUUCCUGUCUGCCUUGUCCAUAGAGCACUGGCUGCCUCCUUCCCCCUUUCUUGUUUAGCUUGAAUGCUGGGGGAGGAGGGGGGCCUGUAGGCAGUCCAGGCCAGGUCAGAGCUGCUCUUGGAGACACUGGCCUAUCGAGCUCACAGGAUGCUUUUUUUCUGACUUGCCACCAAGACAAGGCGGCGCCAGAGCUGCCACCAGGAAAGUAAGUGGCCAGGAGGCCUGGCCCUUGCCCUGUGACUGUGGCCACCUGUCUGUCCUCAGUAGACUCCAGAGCCAGGGAGCCUGGGCUGGUUGACACCCAUUCCCACACCGUAGAGUUUGAACCUGGGUCUCCUGUGCUUUGUUGCCAAGCGUGCCAGCCCCCAGCCAGCACUGGGACUUGUCCAGGUGCCCACUCUUCUGCUGGCCUGAGUCUCCAGGGACACAGCAGCCAGGGAACAUGAUGUCUGGGUUCAGAUGCCACCUUGUCACUCCCAGCAUUGCUUCCUGUCCCUCCUGGUCCUCUGGGCUCUCUCUGGGGACCUAGAGCUAGCCCUCAUCUGGAAGAAGGCUUCUGGAAUAAGAGGCAGCCACCCAGACCAUGCAGGACCAGGCCUGGACAUGGAGUUUAUGCUUCCUCUUUGCUCUGUCAGCAGCUCGUUCCCUGCUGCCCCCAGGGAUACAGGGAGAGCUGGCCCCAGGGGUCCCCUGGUUUGAAUUGCCCUUGCUCUCCAUUUUGCACUUGCUUGGGGUGACCAGAGCAUCUGCUCAUAAACCCAAGGCCCACAGAGCCUCUUCCAGGGAGCGUGGGGCUCAGGUGCCUGAACCUGCUGACCACAGAGCUCAGCCACCCCUGGCCCUCCUUCCUGCACUAAUGGGCCCUCCAGCUGCCCUGUAAGUCCUUCCCAGAUGCUGCAUGAUAGGAAGCAGACCCCUUCUCACCAGGAGCUGCAGACUGGGCUCUCUGAGGCCUCCACUCCAGCCACUGGCCCAGACAGCCUGGACUCACCCACCAUCACAUCCUGUGGUUGGCUCAGACCUGGCUCCCCAGGGCAGGAGGUGAACUUGGCCACUUGAGGCUGGAGAAGAGGCGAGCAGGCCCUCCUCACCCAGGCCACUGUGCUUCUCUGAAGAAAGCUGUGGUGCUGCUUGGGAAGUCAGGCCAGGACCUAUCCAGGGCUUGGUGGGUGGCUCCCUUCGGCUAAUGCUUCCUUCCAGGCCUGUGUGUGAGGCCUUCUCCCACCUUCUUGUUCUUUGGUCUUUUGAAUUGAAGCCACGGCUAUGGCCUUUUGGUCUUUAGCAGGUGACAGCCGGGACCUAGCUUUAGCUUUCAUCCAGACACCUUUGGAUGACACCUUUUCAUCCAGACACCUCUGGAUGACACCUUUCAUCCAGAGCUGGUGCCACCAUGGCUGCCUGGCCUGGCUCGUCUUGUUCUCUCCCUGGGCCUCUGGUGGCCACACCCCUGGAGUCCCCAGAGCCUGUGGGCCCCUCUCCCUGUGCGGCUUUCCACCCCACUGCUGCUCUCUCUGGGGCUCCUGGCUGCCAGCCCCCUGCCUGUGUUUGCUUCCUGGCCCUGGAGCAGGGUCCAGCCUUGGACAGCCCACCAGCAGUGGCCCUGGCCUUUGCUUGUGCUCCCUGGUUUCCAGUAUUUGACAUUUAGAGCCACAGUCCAGGCAAGUGCAGGUGUCCCUCUCUUCCUCCAACAUGCUUUGCAGUUUGACCAUUUCCUAGAUGAAAGGCAACACCUGGACUUUUGGGAACACUGUCUCUUCCUUGGGUGUGGGGAGGGGAAAGGGGUGUCCAGGGCCUCCAGGAAAGGUGGUGCCUUUCACUGCUAAACUGGUUCCCAGCCCAUUUUCAGCUUCUGAACGAUCCAAGGGAAUGCGGUGGCGCCCCCUGGUGGCAAUGAGUUGCAAAGGGGCUUGGGAAGCUCCAGAAAUGUUUGGAGAGGCAGAUGCGGGGGGUGGGUGGGAAGGAGAGGCAGAGGAGGACUCUGAUUUCAUCCAUCCCUUCAGCCCUUUUAGCAUCCCCUCUCCCAGAGACAGCACGUUUAUUAGCAUAAGGGCACUGUGAUGGGAAGCCUCACCCCUCCCCUUUUUUAAUAUCUGCGGAAAUAAACCCAAUGGUUGAUUUUUGAAUGAAUAAAAAGGCUUUUGUUGAAUAACUAGCUGGUUCCAUCUUCUGUCUUGGAUCUAGGCUCAGACUGUGUCUACUCCUGGGACUGGGCACACACAGACCCACCUCCUCCCACCCAGCCAGCACCCAACCAGCACAGUCUGGUUCCUCAGUGUCUUUGCAGUGGCUCUUGGGCUCAGGGAGAGCCACACGGUCCCUGUGUUCUCUGGAACUUGGUAAAUCCUUUCUGGCCAGAGGGACUCCCUUCCUCCCUUCCUCCCUUCCUCUUCUGGGAGAGAAGGCUCUGCUGGGGUGCAGACAAGAGCAUGGUGGUUCAAAUGCCUGGUGAUGGAUUAGAGCAGUGAACUGAUAUGGUACCCUUACAUCUUAGACACUCUCACACAACAAAAAAUAAAAAAGAAAGAAAGAAAAGUGAGGAUUGCUGUGUGCUGGCCAUGGUGGUUUUCUUCCUGUUUGCUUUCCCAGCCUCCAGCCAGCCUCUUUUGGGGGGGUGUUGUCCUUUCUAGGGGUGCAGGUGGGGCAGGGUGAGGUUCCAGUGGACAAGGACCACGAAGCAUGCCCGGGUCUCCUCUUGUGCUCCCCCUGUAUGUUGUCUGUGUCACGCCAAUUAAACACGCUUCUUGACUUGU